AUGAAUGACUAUGUGUAUAGAAAGUUCCUUUUUGUAAGGAAUUGGUUUCCCGAUAAAUUGGACGAAAACGGAGACUAUCAAUUCAUUAUGAAUGAAAAUAAUUUAAAUGAGUAUUGUACUAGUAAUAGAUGUGAUGGUGAUCUUGAAAAAAUUAAUGCUGGAUGUUUAUUUUUGUUUGAUGCAUUUUUUAAGGAUUCUUCUUCGUUUAAGUAUCAUAAUAACAUCAAUAUUGUUGAUUACAUCAUGAUAUGGUUAAGUUAUAUGUUAAACUUAAAGAAAAAUAAUGAUGGAAGCAACAAUCUAGAAUAUUUUAAUAAUACAUAUAUAAAUAAUGAUAAGUACAAAAAUACUAUAACUGGUGUUACGGGGUAUACAAACUAUAAGGAUCUUAUAGAUCAAAAAAAAUAUUUUUUGGAUAUGGAUAGUAAUAUUAUAUCUAAUUUUUAUGAUGCAUUUAAAUUAUUAUGUGAAAUGUAUACAAAUUUUGAUGAAAAAACAUCAUAUUGCGCAGGAUGUUCGGAAAAUGCUAAUAAAUUUGUUGCAAAACAUGGCGAGCUUAAGAGCGAUCCUAGUAUAACUAGUAAUAGUUCCUAUAAUGAACUAUUGUCUACUUUAUCAAAUGAUUAUAAUAAUUUUAAAAAUUAUUGUAAUACUAAAGGUGAUAAAUGUAAAGUUUACCCAGAACUUCCAACGAUAGAAGAAAUACAAGCUUCAGAACAAAGUUCUAUGCAAAGUUCUACACAAAGUCCUGCACAAAGUCCUGCACAAAGUCCUGCACAUAGUUCUGUACAAAGUUCUGAACGAAUUUAUGGACAUAUUUCGGAAGAUCCAUCAUCAAGUUCGUCGAUAGGAAACAAAUUAUUUACAGUUUUAUCGAUAUUUGGUGCAAUAGCGUUUUUUUUAGGAAUCUCCUAUAAGUAUUCGUUAUUUGGAUUUCGGAGACGAGCUCAAAAACAAUAUUUAAGAGAAAAAAUAAAAAAUAUAAAGAAUAGAAUGAGCCAUUAA